UCACCUCUUGGACUUCUUUCCUUGUUGCAAUACAGUCAUAUCUCAGAAGUUGAACACCUUUCGAGAUGAACAUUUUGGCUCCCAAACACUGCAAACCUGGACAUGAUUGUUCCGGUUUGCAAACGUUCUUUUGAACCCGAACAUCCGUCACGGCUUCCGAUUGGCUGUAGGAGCUUCCUGCAGCCAAUCGGAAACUGUGCCUUGGUUCCCAAAUGUUAUGGAAGUUGAAUGGACUUCCAGAACAGAUUCCGUUUGACUUCGGAGGAUGACUGUAUAUCUGAUAUUCUGUAAGGUGAAUGUGCUUGCAACAGUCUUGCACACUUCCUUGUCCAGAAGCAAAAGGGAAACCUUGUGGGGAAAGAGAUACCUCAUAAAAACAAUCCUGCUGAAUCCAAAUAAAAGCCCAUAUAGUCCAGCAUCCCCUUCUCACAGAGGCUGAGCAGAUGCCCCAAAGGGAAGCCCACAGUGAAGACCCAAGUGUAAAGGGUAUCCCUACCAUUGGUACACAGAAACUGAUGUGCAGAGGCAGGCUGCUACUGAUACUGGAAGUAGUACACAGCCAUCAUUGACUAGGAGUUUAAAAGCUGCUCUGCCACCCUUUUCAUUUUAGGUGCCAGCAAACUGGUUCAGGUGGAGCCCAUCCCUUUUGCAUUGGUCCAGCUUGUCCCCAAAACUCCCAUAAAGGUAAAGGUACCCCUGACCGUUGGGUCCAGUUGCAGACGACACUGGGGUUGCGUGCUCCUCUCUAUAGGCCGAGGGAGCCGGCGUUUGUCUGCAGACAGCUUCCUGGUUAUGUGACCAGCAUGACUAAGCCGCUUCUGGCGAACCAGAGCAGUGCACGGAAACGCUGUUUACCUUCCCGCUGGAGCGGUACCUAUUUAUGUACUUGCACUUGAUGUGUUUUUGAACUGCUAGGUGAACAGGAGCUGGGACCGAAGCUGUCGCGGGGAUUUGAACUGCCAACGUUCCGAUCAGCAAGCCCUAGGCUCUUUAGACCACAGCGCCAUCCGCCUCCCUUGGCAUCUUGCAAAUCCAAGCCCUGCCUCCUGACACAACUGUCUCAUCCAAUGCAUUGAGACUGCUCUGUCUUUUACCUGGCCUUGUGCAUGGCAAUAGUAGCAUUUCAAGGAAUGCAUCCCAAGCUCAAAAAGUCCCCGCAAAAGAAGUGCAGCUGGCAUAGUGUCACUGCACAAGAGAAACAAUAAUUGUGGCUGGCACAGGUGUGGUUUAUAUCCUGCCAAACACUGAUCGCCUGCAUGGUUCCACCACAUCUGGAGAGCGCUCUCAUGCCACCAUAAAGAUAGCCGGUGAGUGGGGUCCCUGUGCACUGCCCCUUUGGCAGGCAUAGCAUCCAGGCGUAGUUGCAGUCUUGAGCAGGGGUUACAUAUAUAUAUAUGGCAGCCAGCUGGCCUCCCUCUAACAUGCCCCUUUUUUGCCAGGCAGAUCAGUGGCAGGCCUGACCUUCAUCCGCCAAGCUACCCAUUAGCGGACAGAUGAACUUCUGGCAGUAGCAGCAGAUUUCCAGCAGCAUGGGCUCCCCUCUGCUGUGGAGGGCAGUUGCACUGCAUCCUAGCCCUUAAAGUCUAGCAGAUUCGUGGUUUAAACUGCUCCGUAACACAGCAUAGUAAAACAUGAGACUCAAAACAGUAGCAAAUGUAAUCCGGAUUAGCUACAGAAAUCCCCAAAAGCCUGUUAGGAAAAUUUGGGCUUUACUGCAGCAGGGAAAGCGGCAGGGUGGACCUUUCUCCAGCCCUGUUGCUCGACCGGUCAUGCUAAGAACUCUGGGACAGAGCAUCUGGGCUGGCUGGAGGUGUAUGUGCGCCCCCUCCCUUUUCUGUUAUUCCUGCACUGUGUUAGUUCCUGCACUUCUUGCUCCUCCCCCAGCCCUGGGAGUUUGCUUGGGGGUCAAAAAACUUCCCUGUUUCAGCUCUAGCAAGAGCACUGACUUAGACGCAGCAGGGCAUUGCCCCAUCUCCUCCCCCAUUGCUAUUGGCCGCCUGGUAAGCCAGCCCCUCUCUCACAACCCCACUUGCUCUCCCUAGCUCACUCAAGAUCUUCUCAUCCAGCCGACAUGGCUACAGCACACGACAGGGCAGUUUUGCAAAGCAUAUUCCACCCCAAUGCCCCUUUUGGCGACAUCUCUGCUGAGCUGGAGGAGCAGGAGACCCUCAAUGGAGAAGAAGCAAGCUUUGACCCAGAGCUCCUGGAGCAAGCCACUCAGCUAGAGAUCCAGGGCAUUGAAGCUGCUGAAGCUGGAGACCUGCAGAAGGCCUUGGAGAGAUUUGAGCGGGCCAUUCAGCUGCUCCCUGAGCGAGCCGCAGCCUACAACAACCGGGCCCAGGCCUUCCGCCUCAAGGGCAACACAGCAAGUGCGCUGGAGGACCUGGGUACGGCACUGCAGCUUAGCAGGGGCGUUGGCCGUGUAGCCUGCCAGGCUUUUGUGCAGCGGGGGCUGAUCCAGCGCUUGCAAGGCCAUGAGCAAGAAGCCCAGAGGGACUUUGAGCAAGCGGCCAGAUUGGGCAGUGCCUUUGCCCGUCGUCAGCUGGUCCUGAUGAAUCCAUAUGCAGCCCUCUGCAAUCAGAUGCUCUCCGAAGUGAUAAAGAAACUGAGCGGCCCAAGUGAAGAGCCCCAGCUGGAGGCUUCCCCCAGGGAGAAAGUAUGUCACUAAGGACAAAGGAGGGCUCAGCCUGCAAUUCCUCUCCCCAAGGCAAGCUGGGGAUGCUAUUCCCCACCUUUCAAGCUCCAAGGAUAAUAUAAAAACAAUGUUCCAUCGGGUUAUGGUCCAGAACAGGCAUCCCCAAACUUCGGCCCUCCAGAUGUUUUGGACUACAAUUCCCAUCAUCCCUGACCACUGGUCCUCUUAGCUAGGGAUCAUGGGAGUUGUAGGCCAAAACAUCUGGAGGGCCACAGCUUGCAGAUGCCUGGUCCAGAAUAAACUAUGCAAAUUAAGCACCCUGAAAAACUUUGUAAUAAGUUUUGUUUCUUUCUUAAUAAAGAUCUC